AUGGCUUCUUCUACUCUUACUUCCAAGACCUUCCUUGGUUCUUCAAGAAUCGAUAGUGCUUCUCUCUCGUCCGACCUCCGUAAACUCUCAGUCUCCUCCGUUCAGAUCUCCUUCCGCUCACGUAUUCCAAAGAAACUCCAAAUAAAUGCGGCGGGGAGUACAUUUGGGACUAAUUUUAGAGUAACAACAUUUGGUGAAUCACACGGAGGUGGUGUUGGCUGUAUAAUUGAUGGAUGUCCUCCGCGCAUCCCGCUCUCCGAAGCUGAUAUGCAAUUUGAUCUAGAUAGAAGGAGGCCAGGUCAAAGCCGAAUUACGACUCCGAGGAAGGAGACUGAUACUUGCAAAAUAUCUUCGGGUGUUUCUGAAGGACUGACUACCGGGACGCCGAUUCAUGUAUUUGUACCGAAUACUGAUCAAAGAGGACUUGAUUACAAAGAAAUGUCAGUUGCUUACAGGCCUUCACAUGCAGAUGCAACUUAUGACAUGAAGUAUGGUGUUAGAUCAGUUCAGGGUGGGGGUAGAUCUUCGGCAAGAGAAACAAUUGGAAGAGUUGCUGCUGGAGGUGUUGCAAAGAAAAUUCUCAAACUAUAUGCAGGAACUGAGAUUUUUGCUUAUGUCUCUCAAGUCCACAAGGUCGUACUUCCAGAAGGUGUGGUUGACCAUGACUCUCUUACACUUGAUCAGAUAGAGAGCAAUAUUGCCAGAUGUCCAGAUCCUGAAUAUGCAGAGAAGAUGAUAGCUGCCAUUGAUGCUGUCCGAGUGAAAGGGGAUUCUGUUGGUGGUGUGGUCACGUGUAUUGUAAGAAAUGCACCACGUGGGCUUGGUUCACCAGUCUUUGACAAACUUGAAGCUGAGCUUGCUAAAGCUGCUAUGUCGCUACCUGCAACAAAAGGCUUUGAAAUUGGGAGUGGAUUUGCAGGUACUUUUUUGAGUGGGAGUGAGCAUAAUGAUGAGUUCUACACAGACGAACAUGGAAGAAUCCGAACAAGAACAAAUCGCUCUGGUGGGAUACAGGGAGGAAUAUCAAAUGGUGAAACUAUAAACAUGAGAGUAGCUUUCAAGCCAACAGCUACGAUAGGAAAGAGGCAACACACAGUUACUAGAGAUAAAAAGGAGACGGAACUAAUAGCUCGUGGUCGCCAUGAUCCCUGUGUUGUCCCACGAGUUGGAGUGGACUUAUACGGUACCAAUGGUGGAAGCUAUGGUGGCCUUAGUGCUUAUGGACCAGUUAAUGGCACAAUAUUCACAAUGUUAUCUGUUUCCCAUCAAUUCAGAGCUACAAGAACCGUUGAUAAUGCCAAGACUGGAGGCGGCCAACGCAUCAGUAUGAAAGGCAGUUACAGUUAG